AUGUCGUCAAUAGGGAAAGACGUUUUCAUAAGGUCCAAUGCAUAUGAAGGGUGCACAAGAGUAUUAUUAGUGAAGGAGAAAUAUGCAGAUCAAAUUUAUUUUCUGAGGGCUCACCCACGAGCCAGCCGAGGCAGAGCCAGCGGUUGUCGUGGUUCGAGAGCUAAGCCAAUUGGGUUCGAGAAAGCAAACCAUGCCCGAGCCGUACUCACUCCACUUUCAGAAUCCACCCCAACUACUACUGCAAAGAGAGUUUUCACUUUCGGCAAGGGGAGGAGUGAGGGUAACAAGGGCAUGAAAUCAUUGUUGGGAGGAAAAGGAGCGAACCUUGCCGAGAUGGCGAGCAUCGGUUUAUCCGUGCCGCCGGGCCUCACGAUCUCGACCGAAGCUUGUCAAGAGUAUCAGCAAGUGGGCAAGAAAUUGCCGCAAGGAUUGUGGGACGAGAUCAUGGAAGCUUUGAAAAUUGUGGAGAGUGAUAUUGGAGCUUUUCUUGGUGACCCCACUAAGCCUCUCCUGCUUUCCGUUCGAUCCGGUGCUGCUAUUUCUAUGCCUGGUAUGAUGGACACUGUUCUUAACCUGGGGCUAAAUGAUGAGGUUGUUGCCGGUUUAGCUGCCAAAAGUGGAGAAAGAUUUGCGUACGACUCUUAUAGACGGUUCCUUGAUAUGUUCGGAGGCGUUGUUCUCGACAUCCCGCAUUCUCUGUUUGAGGAGAAACUGGAAAUGAUGAAAAUAAAAAAAGGCGUAAGGCUCGACACUGAUCUGACAGCUUCUGAUCUGAAAGAGCUCGUCGAGGAAUACAAAGGUGUCUACCUUGAAGCAAAGGGUGAUAAAUUCCCAUCAGAUCCAACUAAGCAGCUGGAACUAGCGGUGAAAGCAGUUUUCAACUCGUGGGACAGCCCUCGGGCGAUAAAAUAUCGAGCGAUUAACCAAAUAACUGGUCUUAAAGGCACAGCUGUAAACAUUCAGUGCAUGGUGUUUGGAAACAUGGGAAAUACUUCUGGGACGGGCGUUCUUUUCACGAGGAACCCGAGCACGGGAGAAAAGAAGUUGUAUGGGGAGUUUCUAAUUAAUGCUCAGGGAGAAGAUGUUGUGGCCGGAAUCCGAACGCCGCAGGAUUUGGACACCAUGAAGAAUUCAAUGCCGGAAGCUUACAAGGAACUGGUCGAAAAUUGCGAGAUAUUAGAGCGUCAUUACAAAGACAUGAUGGAUAUCGAGUUCACGGUGCAAGAGAAGAGGCUGUGGAUGUUGCAGUGUAGAACGGGAAAGCGUACGGGUAAAGGAGCUGUGAAAAUAGCUGUGGACAUGGUGAAUGAAGGGCUUAUUGACUCUCGCAAGGCGGUGAAAAUGGUGGAGCCUCAGCAUCUUGAUCAGCUUCUUCAUCCACAGUUUGAGAAUCCAUCUGCUUAUAAAGAGCAAGUAAUAGCGAAAGGAUUGCCGGCAUCCCCUGGUGCAGCAGUGGGGCAGGUCGUAUUCAGCGCUGAAGAUGCUGAGGCAUGGCAUACACAAGGAAAGACUGUAAUUCUUGUGAGAACUGAAACAAGUCCGGAGGAUGUUGGGGGCAUGCAUGCAGCUGUCGGGAUCUUGACGGCUAGAGGCGGCAUGACUUCCCAUGCGGCCGUUGUUGCUCGUGGCUGGGGAAAAUGCUGUGUUUCGGGUUGUUCCGAAAUACGCGUGAACGACGCCGAGAAGAUGGUCUUGAUUGGGGACAAAGUGGUAAAUGAAGGAGAUUGGAUUUCUCUAAAUGGCUCGACUGGUGAAGUGAUUUUGGGUAAACAAUCACUUUCUCCUCCAGCUUUGACCGGGGAUUUGGAGGUUUUCAUGUUGUGGGCUGAUGAGAUUAGGCGACUUAAGGUUAUGGCAAAUGCUGAUACACCAGAAGAUGCGCUCACUGCACGGAAUAAUGGAGCUGAAGGGAUCGGUUUGUGUAGAACGGAGCACAUGUUUUUCGCUUCGGAUGAGAGGAUUAAGGCCGUGAGAAAGAUGAUAAUGGCAGUUUCGCCCGAACAACGCAAGGAAGCUCUGGACUUGUUAUUGCCUUAUCAACGAGCGGACUUCGAAGGGAUUUUCCGUGCAAUGGAUGGUCUGCCUGUAACAAUCAGACUUUUGGACCCUCCACUUCACGAAUUCCUUCCGGAAGGUGACAUAGAGCAGAUUGUUGGGGAACUAACAGUCGAUACUGGCAUGAGUCAAGAUGAAAUUUACUCCCGGGUUGAAAAAUUGUCUGAGGUGAACCCCAUGCUCGGUUUUCGGGGAUGCAGGCUCGGGAUAUCGUACCCCGAGCUUUCGGAAAUGCAGGUUCGUGCAAUAUUUCAGGCGGCCAUCUCUUUGAGCAGCCAGGGUGUCAAAGUCCACCCGGAGAUCAUGGUUCCUCUUAUCGGAACACCUCAGGCAUGUUUAGAAUCAUAUCGUUUGGGUUUCGAAUUGAGUCAUCAGGUGAGUUUGAUCCGUGGGGUCGCAGAAAAAGUGUUCUCCGAGAUGGGCUCCUCUGUGAGCUACAAAGUGGGCACAAUGAUCGAGAUCCCUAGAGCCGCUCUUGUGGCAGACGAGAUUGCCAAGGAAGCAGAAUUCUUCUCGUUUGGGACAAACGACCUCACGCAAAUGACAUUUGGAUACAGCAGAGACGACGUGGGCAAAUUUCUGCCGAUUUACUUAUCUAAGGGCAUUCUCCAGCAUGAUCCAUUUGAGGUUCUUGACCAGAAAGGUGUGGGUCAGCUGAUUAAGAUGGCAACCGAAAGAGGCCGUGCAGCUCGACCGAGCCUAAAGGUUGGAAUAUGUGGGGAGCACGGUGGGGAGCCUUCUUCCGUUGCCUUCUUCGCUGAAGCCGGACUCGACUAUGUCUCGUGCUCUCCAUUCAGGGUGCCAAUUGCAAGGCUAGCUGCAGCUCAAGUUGCAGCAUGA